AUGGCUCAUUCCGCAGGCGCUGUUCGGUCCGACUUGGGCGGUAGCUACACCUACGACAUUCUGCCCCGUGAGAAGUCACUCAGAAUCGCGGAACUUCUUCUCGGACUCUUUGACGACGUUGUUUCAAUACAGCUUCAUACAGUUGAGUGGGAGUCACUACUGGAGUACGAGGCUAUCUCUUACGCUUGGGGCGACCCAACACUGAAGGCACCUGUUUUCUGCAAUGGGCAUAUCAUUGAGGUCACUCAGAAUCUACACACGGCCUUGUCGCACUUUCGUCAUAAGGACAGGUCGCGAUUUUUGUGGGCUGAUGCAUUAUGCAUCAACCAAAGGGAUAUACCAGAACGCGGUCUGCAAGUGAAGCAGAUGAAGAGAAUCUACGAAAACGCGCAAAAGGUUCAAAUCUGGCUUGGGGCUGAUACCGAAGAUCACGAUGCCGCAACAGCCGUCAACGCGAUCCGAAUCGUAUCUGAUUUCCUCUGCGAUGAACUCGGCAUCUCGAUCGAAGAGCAUAGAGUCGGCGAAGACACAUAUCAGGAAUAUCUGCUCAAGCGUCGAGCCGAUGUGCCUCUACCCAACGAUAUCGACCUCGUUACGGAUACUAUGUGGAAGUCGCUGGUGUGGUUUUACUCCCAUCCCUAUUUCACUCGUGUUUGGGUGAUUCAGGAGAUCAGCGCCAACCUCCACCGGGAGGUCAACGUCGGACAUGCGAAGUCAGUGUGGAGCAGGGUCGACCUUGUUGCCAGCUAUAUCAUAAUGGAGCCUGCAUUCUCGGAUGCGUACGGGUUUUCUACUGCGAACUGCUGCAAGUCAACGCUUGAAGUAUACCGUGAUUCGGUUGAGGCAGCGCUCGUGAACUUCGAGAAGGCCGAUGUAUUGCUCUACAUUACAGGGGAAGAAGAGCCGUCCUGGAUUCCGCGCUGGAACAUACCGAUGCUCUUCCGCAACCCAUUCCGAUUUGGUAAGCCUAUGCCGUGGAAGCCCGCUGGCGACACGAAAUCAGCGUGGAGCAUCGAUAAGGGUACCGAUAUGUUGUCGCUAUCUGGCUUCAGCCUGGAUGUUAUCACACAUGCUGAAUCGUACAACCAGUUCAACUUUGCCAAUACCAUCAUCGACUCAGUGGAGGGGAAAACAAAGUUAAAGGGUCUAUGGACACGCAAUCUUCACACCUUCGCGGCUAGUUUUAACGGCACUUUACCGCUUACCAGAUCCUUCCUCACGGCUGCCGCAGUAUCACUGUCCUUUGGUCUAAGCCACAAGAUCAACCCGUUCGAGCAACUCGAGCUGUUGCACAACUUCAUCGCAUAUCUGGCCAUCGUUUUGGCUGACGAUCGAGCGAUAUUGACUACAUUUAUCCCCGGUGAUUUGCUGGAAGAGUCAAAUAGUGCAGACGGACGUGCUUUUGGUAAGCCGGUGUGGGACUUACAGUACCCUGAGUCCAGCAUCUUCAUUACGAGGAGCAGGCUGGUCGGAUGCGCUAUCGCGACUACGCAGCCUGGCGAUGAGGUGUUCGUCGCGUUGGGAAGUACGUAUCCGAUGAUAUUGAGACCUAGUGAGACUGGCGGGAAGGCGCAGUACGUGAUUCGCGGGUUCGCUUAUGUUGACGGUGUGAUGAACGGAGAGCGUGCGAGGACGGAGUGCGACAUGCUCUACAUACGAUGA